AUGGCGCAGGAGGCCGCCCCCGUCCUGCUCGUCUUCCUCACGCCGCUGGUGUCCUGCACGUGGCACGAAGGCUCGGGCUACUACGCGGAGAGCCAGGCCAACGAGGUGCUCGCGGUGGAGGAGCCGGCGGGCGAGCCCGCCCUGGACUACCGCCGAGUGCCCCAGUGGUGCGCCACGCUCAGCGUGUACCGCGGCGAGGCCACGUGCUACUCGCCCCGCGGCAGCGCCUACCGCAGCAGCCUGGGCACRCGCUGCGAGCUCAGCUGCGCCCGCGGCUACCGCCUCGUGGGGCGCAGCGCCGUGCAGUGCCUGCCCAGCCGCCACUGGUCCGGCAUGGCCUACUGCCGACAAAUCCGGUGCCCGGUGCUGCCGGGGCUGCUGCGGGGCUCCUACGCGUGCUCGGCCGGCGUGCAGAUGGACUCGCGCUGCGACUACACCUGCCUGCCCGGCUACCAGCUGGAGGGCGACCGGAGCCGCACGUGCAUGGAGGACGGGCGCUGGAGCGGCAGCGAGCCGGUCUGUGUAGAUGUUGAGCCGCCCAGGAUCCGCUGCCCUGACUCGCGCGAGCGGAUCGCGGAGCCGGGCAAGCUGACAGCCACGGUGUACUGGGACCCUCCCCGCGUGAAGGACUCUGCUGACGGCAUCAUCAAGCGGGUGACGCUGCGGGGCCCCGAGCCGGGCUCGGAGCUGCCCGAAGGGGAGCACGUGGUCCGCUACACGGCCCACGACCAGGCGUACAACCGAGCGAGCUGCAAGUUUAGGAUCCGCGUGCAAGUGCGCCGCUGCCCCGUGCUGAAGCCGCCGCAGCACGGCUACCUCUCCUGCACGUCGGCCGGCAACAACUACGGGGCCACGUGCGAGUACCUGUGCGACGGCGGCUACGAGCGCCAGGGCACCCCGCUGCGCGUCUGCCAGUCCAGCCAGCAGUGGACGGGCUCGCAGCCCCUUUGCGCGCCCAUGCAGAUCAACACGGAGGUGAACUCGGCCGCCAGCCUGCUGGAUCAGUUCUACGAGAAGCGCCGCCUCCUCGUCGUCUCGGCCCCCGACCCCGCCAACCGCUACUACAAGAUGCAGAUCGCCAUGCUGCAGCAAGCCACGUGCGGGCUGGACCUGCGGCACGUCACCAUCGUGGAGCUGGUGGGGCAGCCCCCACACGAGGUGGGCCGCAUCCGCGAGCACCAGCUCUCCGCGGGCAUCAUCGAGGAGCUCAGGCAAUUCCUGCACCUCACGCGCUCCCACUUCAACGUGGUGCUGCUGGACAAAUCGGGCACCGACCGCGAGCGCUACAUCUUGCCCGUGAGCCCUGACGAGCUCUUCGACUUCAUCGACACCUACCUGCUGAGCCAGCAGGAGACGGCCCAGCGGGCGCAGAGCGGGGACGCCUGCGAGUGAGGCGCCGGCGCGGGGAGCCUCCCGCCCGCCCAGCCCCGCGGAACGGACUACUUUCUGCUUCUGUAGUCGCCCGCUGUAGAGGAGGAGCAGGGUGCAAGGACGCCGGGGGCAGGGGAGCCAGGCCCGGGCAGGGCAGGACCAUGCACUGUCUCCGUCCCCACCACACGUGGCCAGGAGCACCAGGAGAGGCUGGGGCAGCUCUGUGGGUGUCACGUGUGAGGAGCAACCACAGCCCAUGCAUUUCCAGCCCAGCUAGAGCUGCCCUGGGGCAAGGUGAUGGCACAGGCACCUCAGCAGCAGCUUCACCCCAUACACGGCUCCAACCGGCUCCCUCAGCACCCAGGGGUCAGUCCCAGUGCCGCCACAGUCCUGAUGGAGACAGCCCCAGCGGGAAGCCUUUAUUAAAAGCAGAUGUCCCCACGCUCAGAGGGCAGAGCCAGACCUCCAGUGYGCAAACCCCCUCGUGCAGAGCAGGGCCUGCGCCCGCCACUGCGCCUCGCCUCCCACCCAGCUCUUCCUGGGAACUGUUCUGGCAGUAGCACGUUAACAUCAUGUGAAUAAAUUUGUAUAAAAACUCAGGGCUAGGAGCACUCCAGAAAUUUAAGUCUGUGCGCAAAAACAGGGCCAAGGGGCUURGGAACCUGUAGAGCGUCACCCUUCCUCACCCCUGCGUUGCCUCAGGUAGAGCC